GUCAUCGCGUUUCUGAAGACCCAACCCAACCGGAAGACAACAGAUUUUUCUACCUUUUGAUACGAUGCAAAUUUGCGACUGUCAACGCUAAGCACUAACAUUAUCUUUAAAUUGAUAAAAUGCCCUUAUUUGAUGGUUUGGGAAGUGGAGGAGAAAAGACUGCGAUCGUCAUUGAUUUAGGAGCAGCAUACACAAAAUGUGGCUUUGCCGGGGAAACGGGGCCCAGGUUCAUAAUUCCGAGCGAGAUCCGGAAACCAGGACAGCAGCAGGCCAUCAAAGUUGUUCAGUACAACAUCAACACAGAAGAGCUUUAUGUCAUCCUCAAAGAGUUUAUCCAUUUACUGUACUUCAGGCACCUGCUGGUGAACCCUCGCGACAGAAGAGUGGUCAUCAUCGAGUCCAUCCUCUGCCCGUCUCACUUCAGGGAGACGCUCACCAAGGUUUUUUUCAAACAGUUUGAGGUGCCCUCUGUGGUGUUUGCUCCAAGUCACCUCAUGGCCAUCAUGACUUUGGGCAUCAACUCUGCUCUGGUGAUGGACUGUGGCCACACAGAGACGCUGGUGCUACCUGUGUAUGAGUGCACUCCUAUUCUGCCAGCCUGGGAGGCUUUGCCUUUGGGAGGGAAAGCCAUUCAUAAAGAAUUAGAUGGACUCCUUGUGGAACAGUGCACGGUGGACACAGACACCACCGCCGGGCAGAGUGUACCUGCUGCCAUUGGGACCAUCCCAGAGGAGACUGUGGAGGAUAUCAAGGUCAGAACAUGUUUUGUCAGCGACCUGCAGAGAGGUCUGAAGAUCCAGGAAGCCAAAUUUAACCUGGAUGGUACAGCUGAACGUCCAGCCCCUCCUCCAGAUGUGGAUUAUCCUCUGGAUGGUGAGAAAAUCUUGCACGUCAAAGGAUCAAUCAGGGACUCUCUGAUGGAGAUCCUGUUUGAACAGGACAACGAAGAGAAGAGUGUGGCCUCUCUGAUACUAGAUGCUCUGGUCAAGUGCCCCAUUGACACCCGUAAGGUGCUCUCAGAGAAUCUGGUGGUGAUCGGAGGCACGGCCAUGCUGCCGGGUUUCCUGCACCGUCUGCUGGCGGAGAUACGCCUCCUGGUAGAGAAACCCAAGUACAGCGACGUGCUGGCCAGCAAAAGCUUGCGUAUACACGCUCCACCUGCAAAGCCAAACUGCACCGCCUGGCUCGGAGGCGCUAUCUUCGGGGCGCUGCAGGACAUUCUGGGCAGCAGGUCGGUGUCACGAGACUACUACAACCAGACAGGCCGCAUCCCGGACUGGUGCUGCUUGAGCUCCCCUCCUCCAGAAUCUCUCUACGAAGCGGGGAAGACGCCUCCUCCACUUAUGAAGAGAGCCUUCUCCACAGAGAAGUAGAAUGUGCUGUAACAUAAUUCAAAUAAAGUACUCUUCUCCUUUACUCUACGUGAUAGAACAGUUCAGUAAUCUUAAAUGUAACAUCUCAACACAAGUCCUGUUAAAGUGUUAACUGCACAAACAGCUCUAGAUGUUUUUAAUGUCUCUUAGUCACACAGACACAGACACAGAUGAUCAGGUGAGCUGGUUUCUGACCUCACCAGACGGAACAGAAAUUGGGAUUUUAGGCGUUUACGUUGAUAUUCUACAAGAUCCUGUGCUACAUGCAGCCGUGUUAUCGGUUUCAUUUGAAGUGUCAUUGAGCAAGACGCUGAACCUGUACGUGCUCACUCUAACUUUCACUCCACUUUGUUCUGGAUUUUGUUGGCAGUUAAAUGGAAAGAGACAUUGUGUUCAGCAGAAAUGUUUCAGAGGAUUACCAAGCUGAGCUUUAAUCAUCCAAUUGUCUGCAAAACUGCAAAAAAAGUUGCUGAACUUUGGACAAAGCCAGCGUUAUUCCAGUAUGAUGAAGUGUGGAGAACUGACAAGGUUUUCUUUUACGCUAAUGUCCCAUGAAGUUUUUCACAAAAAAAAAAGUUUAACUUAUUUAUUAUAUUGCCGUGUAAAAUGGUUGUUGAACUCAAUGAUGGCCCUGUACACUCACACAGUUAUCCCAGCUAAUAGCGGCUUGUGUUAAAGUGGUAGCACAUGAAACUGGAGGGUCAAUCAGUAGUGAUCUGAACACAUGACACACUGAACACACUGACCUGAGCAGCGGUCGAAUCAAGCUAAAUAAUUUAAAUCCCCUGUGUGCUGACCGUAGUUGUUGUUUGCAGGCUUCAAAUCAUCCAAACAAUUGAUCUGUAACCUUUAAAUCUAUCAAUUACAACAAAUAAAUGUUCAGUAUUCAAUCAGA